AUGGAAGUAGUCCCAUCUCCAAGUGUCAGAUUCCUGCAAUAUUUUAUUUUUAUAAAUGGUUCAGGACCACAUACAAUUGAAUAUGGCUCUGAGCCUGAUAACCCUCCCAAAGAGGUUCUUGUGAGCCGGAAGUGUGCUGAAACAGUUCUCAGAGGAGCCCAGGUCUAUGUCCCAGGUGUACUGGCUUGCACUGCCCAUGUUGAGAAAGGAGAUGCAGUUGCCUUCUGUGUUGCUAUGGAACAACCUGGUGAUUGGAGUGUUAAUAUGACUCGUGGGACCACUCUUCAGGGUCUACCGCCAGAUUCUUUCUGCUGUGAAUGCAGUGGACUAUAUAUCGGCAUGGGAACAGCUAUGUUGUCAAGGAUUGGCAUGUUUAGUGUUUCUCAUGGAGUUGCGGUGGAUUUGAGCAAUAGAGUUUUCAGUUGCCUUCUUUUCAUCAUGUAUUCGAGGGGGAAAUAUUUCUUCAAAACCUGCUCAGUAUUGUUGCUGCUCAUGCUCGCUAUCCUCAGAAAGGGGAGAGAAUAUUAG